GUAGCCUUCAUAGGACAAACCUACUGAGAUAUAAGAAACAUUAACUCCGUUCAAUUUGUUGCUUAUAAAUGUAUUAGUUUGAUAAGAAAUGCUGACAGCAUUUCUCCGCAGAUAUGAUAAGUGAAAUGAAUUCAAAUCAGCAAAGAAUGAUGAAUCCCGGGCAAGCCCCACCCACCUCAAGUUCGGCAGGGGGACCCAGCAUAAUGGCAGGAGCGUCGAUGUCGCAGGCUGAGCGAGAGAAGGUCUAUCAGUGGAUAAGUGAGCUCACUAGUCCUGAAACCAGGGAGAAUGCACUGCAGGAACUAAGCAAGAAGCGUGAAGUCGUGCCUGAACUGGCCCCCAUGCUGUGGCACAGUUUCGGAACAAUUGCAGCACUGUUGCAAGAAAUUGUCAAUAUGUAUCCGGCCAUUAAUCCUCCUCAUCUAACGGCCCACCAGUCUAACCGAGUGUGCAAUGCCCUGGCUCUACUACAGUGUGUGGCAUCACAUCAAGAGACCAGAUCAGCCUUCCUAGCAGCCAACCUGCCCCUGUUCCUGUAUCCAUUCUUGCACACCUACACAAAGACGAGGCCCUUUGAGUACCUCCGCCUCACCAGCCUUGGGGUGAUAGGAGCGUUAGUCAAAUCUGAUGAACAAGAAGUGAUAGACUUCCUGCUCACAACUGAGAUUAUCCCCCUUUGUCUUCGAAUCAUGGAGUAUGGGAGCGAACUCUCAAAAACUGUAGCCACAUUCAUCCUUCAAAAGAUUCUUCUGGAUGAAACUGGGCUGUCCUACAUAUGCCAGACUUAUGAGAGAUUCUCACACGUGGCCAUGAUACUGGGUAAAAUGGUGCUACAUUUAACAAGAGAGCCUUCCGCUCGACUCUUGAAGCAUGUUGUCAGAUGUUACCUGCGUCUAUCAGACAAUCCAAGGGCAAGAGAGGCUCUCCGGCAGUGCCUUCCAGACCAGCUCAAGGACAUCUCGUUCGUGAACCACCUGACUGACGAGAACUCAACCAAGCGUUGGUUCGCUCAGCUGCAGCAGAAUUUGGAGACACCCGGUGUGCCUGAUCCCAGAAAUCCAGGCAUGCCUCUGCAUCAGCAGUGAAUGUUUUGCUACGAACUCAGCAGUGAAUGUGUUGCUUAGCAACUCAGCUUAGCAACUCAGCUAUGAAUGUGUUGCUUAGCAACUCAGCAAUGAAUGCCUAACUAAACCAUAGAGCAGUGAAUGCAUUGCAAACCCUUUACUACUCAGUCAUGCAACUUAUUUUAACGCAUUGUAGUCCCUUAAAAAAACAAUUAAAACAAUUAAAGACCUUUCUUACUGAAUUCAAGUUUUAAAGAUUUCAUUUACAGCCCUAAGAUACCGAUGGGCAGCAAACAGCAUAGCUCCUGUUGGUUAAUUUUUUAGCAGCAAACCGCAAAUAACCUGAACACACUGCGAGUAACUCGAAGGCUGUUCUGGUUUUAUGCUGUUUACAUAAUAGCCACUUUCACUUUGCUUCUGAGUGGGAAAUGGUUAAGCCAUUUAUGCCUAGCGUCUAGAAAAAAAGCCUUGGCAAACAGCAUAGACCCAGAUGAGAAGCCGCAUGAUGUGGCGUCUCAUCAGGGUCUGCGCUGUUUGCUUAAAUGAAUUUCUGUAAGAAAUAUUCUAACUGUAGAAAUAAAUAGACUAAACAUCCCUAAUUUUGGAAAUAAAUUGAUCCAAUUUAUUAGGAUGGGAGAGUCCACUAGGCAUAAAUGGGUUAAGCAACAGAUUUACAGCUGGCUAGUAUUACUGAAAAUUAUGUUAUAGUUCUGAGCAGACCAUUUUUGAAGGAUUUGGGGAUAGUGUUGUACAUUGGACACUGAAACAUUUGUGUCUUGUUCUGAGAAAAUUGGGCUUAAUGCAUGUGCGUAAAGUGUCGUCCCAGAUUAGCCUGUGCAGUCCGCACAGGCUAAUCAGGGACGACACUUUCCGCUUUUAUGGUAUUUUUAGUUUCAAGGAAGUCCCUCCUUGCCGAAAAUCAAGUUUAGGCAGAAAGUGUCGUCCCUGAUUAGCCUGUGCACAGGCUAAUCUGGGACAACACUUUACGCACAUGCAUUAUGCCCAGUUUUCUCAGAACAAGACACAAUUAUAAGCUAUUGCAUGUUGGGAUUAAUCUGCCAUUUUCAAUACACUAAAAGUUUGGGGUUUUUUAGGGACCUUUAAUUGAUACCGUGUAUAACUAUGAACUCACUUAAUUCCUUACAUCUAUGGUCAAUGUAAACUAACUUGCUUGCCGGUCAUUCUGCCUUUAUCAAGAUAUUAAAAAUGACUCGUAUGAUGAGCUAAUUCUGUCAUUUUCAAGUACCUUAUGAUGAAAUGUACCAUCAUAAAAUUGUCUGGCUAUACAGCCAAAAUUGAGAAGAGAAAUUGCCAACUGUAAACCCUUAAAGUUUUAUCGAUAUUAAACCUCGAUUUAAGCUGCAAGUAAUAAUUAAUAUUUAGCAUCUUUGAAUAAAAAUCUAUGAAUAAAACUGCAUUUUAAAUUUCAAACUCUUAUUCCAUUAAAACAUUGAAAGUAAAUGAUUUAAUAGUGUGACCUUGAACCGAUCGUCUUAAACAUAGCAAAAGGUUUAAGUCUCAAAUGCUCAGGGUUAUUAUAAAAAAGUAACAUAGACUUUUUUUAAGUUGUAUUUUUGUCAAUUUUUCUGAUUUAAUUGUUUCUUGUUCCAUAUCAUGUUUAUCAAGUUUUAUGUAAACCAAUUAAAUGGAUAUAAUAUUUAUACAGUUCAUGUAUUUGUUAAAUGAUUUGAAAAAUUAUUGGCUUUUUUAUCUUUAAGCUUGCUGUUUAUUGACUAAAUGCUAUACGAUGAUUUUAUUAUAAAUUACUUAAUAAGAGUUUUCACUUAUUGCUGUAAUGAAGAUGUCAAAUACAUGUUGUGUUGGCAUAUUGCCUUUCUGAUGACUAGUUUGAGUUAUUCAAAAUGGCGUUCUCAUAGAUUUUGGCAUGUUUGGAAGUUUGUUAUAAAUGCAUUAAAUUGAUAAAUGUAAACAUCAGUACUAAAGAAUUCCUGUCAAAAAAUCAAACAAAGAAAAAAGUUAUCCACACAUGGGCUCGAAUCACUGACCCUUGGAGUCAAAGUUAAACGCUUAACCCACUCAGCCAUCCGUGCUGACAUAACAUGAAAUAAAUUCUAUUCGAAAUAUUAACAAUCCUCGCAAAAUAAAGCUAUGACAACACAACUUUCCAAAUUAUACAAUCUUUUUGCAUUUGUAACGCUUAAUAAUUUUCAGGUUUUAAAAUCAUUAAAAAAUGCAUAGAUCGGAUAUUUAAGAGCAUGAUUAAU